AUGGAGAUGUGGGGUGUCCUGACCUUGGCCUUCCUGCUGGCCAUUCCCAGUUGCCAUGGCUACUCCUACCGCCUUGCCAAAUGCUUCCAGGACCCUGAGUAUGAAGAUAUUCUGAAGACUGCCCAGGAGGGGCUUGGGAACUCUGCCUCCAAGAGGCAUGUCCUGGUGGUGGGAGCUGGGAUGUCUGGAUUGACAGCGGCCAAGACGCUUCAGGAUGCUGGGCACAAGGUGACAGUCCUGGAAGCCAAGCACAAAAUUGGGGGAAGAGUGGCAACAUUCCGGAGCCCAGAGAAGAACUGGUACAUUGAACUGGGUCCUAUGAGGUUGCCAGCCCACCACAGGCUGGUCCGAUUCUACGUGGAGAAGCUUGGUCUGAAAUUAAACACCUUUAUUCAGGCUAGUAACAACACCUGGUAUUACAUCAAUGGCCGCCGACAUAGGACCUCAGAUGUGCUGAACAAUCCCGACAUCCUGGGCUACCCUGUGAGACCCGAGGAGUCAGGCAAGAUGCCCAGUGUACUCUUCCAAGAAGCAAUAGCUAAGGUGGCGGAAAAGCUGAGGCUUACCAACUGUAGCCAUGUGAUGUCUACCUAUGACUCCUUCUCCACCAAGGCCUACCUGCUAAAGGAGGGGAAGCUGAGCCAGGGAGCUGUCCAGAUGAUUGGGGAUAUCAUGAAUGAAGAUGCAGGCUACUACAAAUCUCUCUUGGAGUCCCUGAGGAGUGACAUCAUCUUCUCUAAUCCAAAUGGCUUUGAUGAAAUCACUGGGGGCUUUGAUCAGCUCCCCGAUGCUCUAUAUCAUACCUUGAAGCCUGACACAGUCUUAUUGGGGGCCACAGUGAAGAAGGUAGAGAGGGUUGGGCGUCGGGUCAAGAUUACCUACCAGAGUGGAAGACCCUACUCAGGCCAGUCCAUCAUUACAGGUGACUUUGCCAUAAUCUCAUCAUCAGCCAAGGCCACACGCCUCAUAAAGUUUGAGCCACCGCUCUCCCAGGCUAAGCAAGAUGCCCUUCGUUCCAUCCACUACACCAGUGCCACCAAAGUGGUAUUGGCCUGCAAGGAACGCUUCUGGGAACGGGAUGGCAUCAAAGGUGGGGCAUCCAUCACAGACCUGCCCACGAGAUUUAUCUACUAUCCCAGCCAUAAUUUCACUGGCAACCUAGGUGUCCUUUUGGCUUCCUAUACUGCGGAUGAUGACUCUGCCUUUUUCCUGGGCAUGAAACAUGAGAACGUGGUGGAUGUGGUGCUGGGUGACUUGGCAACUAUCCACCAGAGGCCCAAAGAAGAGCUGCAGAAACUAUGUCAGACAUCUGUGGUGAAACGCUGGUCCCUAGAUCCAUUCACCCUAGGUGCAUAUGCAGAGUUCACCCCUUACCAGUUUGUUGACUAUUCAGAAAAACUCUUCCAGCCUGAGGGCAACAUUUACUUUGCUGGUGAGCACACUUGCCUGCCCCAUGCCUGGAUAGACACAGCAAUCAAAUCUGGGCUCCGGGCAGCUCGAAGCAUACAGGCAGCCACUGAUGCUGCUGCUGCUGCUGACUAUGAUACUGACUAUGAUGAUCAUGCUGACUAUGAUGCUCACUAUGACGCAGAUGUGGCUUUGGAUGAGGAAUCAUCUUUCUUUCAAGCAUUCAAAGGAAAGUUCCAAAACUCCUGUUCUUCACAGAGCAGCCUUUGA